AUGGGCCCACAGGUCAAGUGGCCUCAGAAGAUGAGAGCACCUGAUUCCUUCUGGAACCCAAACCGGUGGUGCGACUUCCAUAAUGACCAUGGUCACAAGACGGAAGAUUGCAUCGCACUAAGGAUUGAGGUCAACGAGCUGCUGAAGAAAGGACACCUCCAGGAGGUCCUUUCCGAUAAAGCCAAGAAUCUCCUCAAUAAGGAAACAAACAACCAUCCCACUGAAGCUAUGCAUGCUUCACCUCCAAGACAGGAUAGAGUGAUCUGUGUCAUCUCUAACGGUUCUGAAGAGCAGGAGAGGAUCCUAGCUCCCCACCACGACGCCUUGGUCAUAUCACUCACUGUGGCAAACUGCCUAGUAAGAAGGAUACUGGUGGAUAAUGGGAGCUCUAGCAACAUCAUCAUCCAAGCUGCCUACCGAGACCUGGGACUGGAAGAAGGCGCUCUAAAGCGCAAGGUCACUCCGCUCAUAGGAUUCAGCGGAGAGGUCAAGCGGACCGCCAGGGAAAUCAUUUUCCCGUUCCCUGAAGACCUUGUUGGUGCCUUCGUGUAUUCCGUUCUCGCCAAAUAUGGUACACGACAGCCUGGAACACUAGACGAAUGA